AUGGUGUUAAGUGGCAAGAGAGAAAUUGAAUCCUUAAAGACAAAAGAUCGAGAACAAGUUGUAGUUAUCAAGUUCCAAAUUGUGCAAGAGCUCAACCAAUUAUUGUUUAAUGACGAUAAUCUCCAUACUCAGUCAAGUGUUGUUGAAUCACCUCCAUACUCAGAUGAUCUCACUUCGGCUGACAAGAACAAUGUAAAAAAGAAAGUGAAGCAUUGGAAUCAUGAUGAACAUAGGUUAUUUCUGCAAGGGCUCGAGAAAUAUGGUCGUGGAAAUUGGAAAAAAAUAUCAAAACAUGUUGUUACAAAAACUCAUACACAAGUUGCUAGUCAUGCUCAAAAAUACUUCCUUCGUCAAGAUGAUGCAAUGAAGAAGAGGAAACGAACAAGCAUUCAUGACAUAACCGAAUGGAAUGAAAAUGUUCAGCCUCUUGUAUAUAAGGACUACAAUUCAACUCCUCCUCCUCCUAAUGUUGAAAUCCAUCAAAUUCAUGACACAACAGAAUUGAAUGGAAAUUUCCACCCUCUUCUUUAUAAGGACUACAAUCCAACUCCUACUCCAAAUGUUGAAAUACAUCAAAUCCAUGACACAAUCGAAUGGAAUGGAAUUUUUCACCCUCUUCUUUAUAAGGACUACAAUCAAACUCCUCCUCCAAAUGUUGAAAUGCCUCAAAUUCAUAAGGAGUUUUUAUUUCCUUGUAUUGUUUAG